UGGAAUAUACUGUGUGAUGGACACUGACUGGGGUAUAUUGUGUGAUGGAUACUGACUGGGAUAUAUUGUGUGAUGGAUACUGACCGGAGUAUAUUGUGUGAUGGAUACUGACUGGGAUAUAUUGUGUGAUGGAUACUGACUGGGGUAUAUAGUGUGAUGGACACUGACUGGGAUAUAUUGUGUGAUGGACACAGACUUGGAUAUAUUGUGUGAUGGACACUGACUGGGGUAUAUUGUGUGAUGGACUCUGACUGGGAUAUAUUGUGUGAUGGAUACUGACGGAUAUAUUGUGUGAUGGACACUGACUGGGAUAUAUUGUGUGAUGGACACUGACUGGGAUAUAUUGUGUGAUGGACACUGGCCGGGGUAUAUUGUGUGAUGGACACUGACUGGGGUAUAUUGUGUGAUGGAUACUGACUGGGGUAUAUUGUGUGAUGGAUACUGACUGGGGUACAUUGUGUGAUGGACACUGACUGGGAUAUAUUGUGUGAUGGACACUGACUGGGAUAUAUUGUGAAAUGGACACUGACUGGUAUAUAUUGUGUGAUGGAUACUGACUGUGGUAUAUUGUGUGAUGGAUACUGACUGGGGUAUAUUGUGUGAUGGAUACUGACUGAGGUAUAUUGUGUGAUAGAUACCAGCAGAAGACAGAAUGUGAUAGUUACUGGUGAACGUUGUGAAAUACGUCGUGCUAGACGCUAUCUGGCAGACCUCUGUGGUCUUCACCAACUGUCAGUCACUAAACUAAUUGCGUGCUUACUGUAACAGAUACACUAAUCAGACUCUCUUCAGCGCUGCCAUCGGCAUCAGGAGCUGGCGGCGACAUCAGCAGCAGAAGCUGGUAGCGGCGACGGCGCGUUGCUACUGUGUUGGGUAACACUGACUGCCGGAAUCUACACUCUGGAAAGGAGACUAGCACCACGCGACAAGGCAGCACCCCUUCUCACAUUUAGGCGGCGGCACAGUCAGAGUAAUGACGAUGUAGUUAGCACGUGCCUGGACAAGCCCCGUAGGUCCUCUUCAUGUUGUUCCUGGUUCAUGUGUGCUAUGUGUGAUUUGUGAUACCUGGAAUGACGACACUCGCAGAGCGAGAUUAGAAUGAAGGGAUGGGAGACCAACAAUGACGUGUAACAAUUCUUCCUUGCGUUGUGAAUCAAAGAACCACAUCCUGGAUCGGUCAUCAACGUCACCCCACCCCUCCCCCGAGCCCCUCCACGGGGAUGAUGCACCACUAAGCAACAUGAUCUACGGAGCAAUCAGAUACCAUGUACAACUUGGCGAAACAACUUCAGAUUGUUUGUGUUGCUACACUAUCAGUGAUUACACAGUUAGCGUUAUUAAGCAGUUUAUUGGCUUAGUCUGAUAUUCCACACAGGGAAGGUCUUCAGUAAUAGGAUUUACUGCUUGUUUAACAAGGAAUUGAGGCCAUUCUCUUGGUGGUCCACAACGCACCAACUACAACGACGACAUGUUGACCACACUCGUGCACCUCCUCAGUGACCACUGGGCAAGCACAGCCGCUCUGAUCCUCUUAGCAGUGGUGCUGUUGACAUCGUCCCGACAUGCCAGUCCCCUACCUCCAGGCCCGGCUCCUAUUCCCUUUCUAGGCACCAUCAGUCUUCUCGGAGGUGGAGACAAACGAAGGGUUUUUAAGGAGAUGAGAGAACGUUACGGGGACGUGUUCAGCUUCUACAUCGGCUCCCGUCUCAUCGUCGUCAUCAAUGGUUUCGAUGCCUUGAAGGAGGCCUUCGUGAAACGGGGGGAUGUUUUCUCUGACCGCCCUCACGUGUUCACCGUGGACAAGGUGGGACAAGGCCGAGGUAUUGUGAACACGUCAGGCAAAGUAUGGAAGGAACAACGCCGCUUCGCUCUCGCCGCGCUGAAACAGUUCGGCUUCGGCAAAGCAUCCUUUGAGGAAAAGGUUCAGGAGGAGGUGGCAGCAUUUGUUGCCGUGCUCGAUCAACACGCCGGGGAUGAUGUCGACCCGCAGAACAUAAUCCAGACUGCCAUUGCUAAUGUCAUAUCGUCCAUAGUGUUUGGGAAAAGAUUCAGUUAUGAUGACCCGCUGUUUAAAAAGUUCCUGGAAAUAUUUGACGAGAACAUGAAACUUGUUGGAGGAACCUCCAUACUAAACUUUUUCCCGAUAUUACAGUAUUUGCCUGGUGACAUUUUCAAGUUCAACAAAGUCCUUAGGAACGUGGACUUUGUGCAGAAAUUCAUCCGCAACACUGUGCAGAGACACAUCGAGAACCUGGACACGCUCCACGUCCGGGACUUUGUUGACGCCUACCUGAAAGAAAUGCAGGAGGAGGCAGAUGAUCCUGAAACAACACUCAACUACGACCAGUUGGUCAAAGUGAUCGGUGACUUAUUUGUGGGUGGCACGGAGACAACUUCCACAACCAUCCGAUGGGCAAUCAUCUUCCUUGUGCGCAAUCCGGAAGUUCAGCAGCGCAUGCGUGAUGAGAUAGACCGUCACGUGGAGCGUGCAAGACAUCCGAGUGUUUCCGACAAGCCCAACUUGCCCUACACCGAGGCCACGAUCCUUGAGAUCCAGCGGUGUGCCGACAUUGCCCCCUUCUCCGUGGCUCACGGCACCUUACAGGAUGUCACGUUCAGGAACUUUCUAGUACCUCGGAACAGCAUCGUUAUCCCAAACAUUCACUCAGUACUAACCGACCCGGAUCUGUGGCUCAACCCUUCCGACUUCCGGCCUGAGCGGUUCCUUGAUGACGCCGGCAGUGUCACCAAACCGGAGCAGUUCAUUCCAUUCUUCAUGGGUCGCCGCAUAUGUCUGGGGGAGUCACUAGCCCGGAUGGAGCUGUUCCUCUUCAUUUCCGCCCUGGUUCAGAGGUAUGACAUCCGGGUGGCUACAACCGGUCAGCUACCAAGCCUAGAAGGUCAAGUCGGCCUGACGUAUACCCCGCCGGACUACACAGUCCGAAUGGUCAAGAGGUUCCAGGACGACACAGAUACAGCUAUGUGAAACCAAAAGACUGUCGCUGCUUGUUUUGUUUGUUUGUUUGUUUGUUGUUCAACGCUGCCCUCAGCAAUAUUCCAGCUCUAUGACGGCGAUAUGUAAAUAACCGAGUCUGGACCAGACAAUCCAGUGAUUGCCAUGACAUUCAAC